ACUUACAACAAAAUAAACCCUUUUUAUUUUUAUUUUUAAUUUUUAAUUUUUUAACUUUGAUUUAGAGAGAGAAAGAAGAGAGAGAAAUGGAAAGCGACGACGACGUCGAGAGAAGAGGAGCCGUGGUGGAGGACGGCGGAGGGAUAACAAAGAUAUCACACAUGUGGGACGAUUCCGACGUCGAAUGGAAAACUUGGUUAAUCCCCAUUUUUGUAGGGAUUAAUGUUGUGUUCUUCUUAGUAACACUGUUCAUUAACAACUGUCCUUCACACAACAACGGCGGCGGUGGUGGUGGCGGUGGCGGAGGUGGUGGUUGUGUGUCGAGGUUCCUUGGCAGGUUUUCGUUUGAGCCACUCCAUUACAACCCUCUUCUUGGUCCUGGACCUCAUGCAUUAAUGAGAAUGGGAGCUAUAAAUUGGUCAGUGAUCGUGGAACACCAUCAAGGAUGGAGGCUCAUAACCUCCAUAUGGUUACAUAGUAGCCUUAUUCAAAUUCUUGUUAACAUGUUAUGCCUCCUAUUUAUCGGCAUUCGCCUCGAACAACAAUUUGGAUUCCUGAGGAUUGGGAUAAUCUACCUAAUAGCAGGAAUUGGGGGCAAUAUAGCUUCAUGCCUCUUUUACCCAACCCACAUCUCUGUGGGCCCUUCUUGUGCUUUAUUGGGCCUAAUUGGAGCUAUGUUUUCUGAACUUCUCACAAAUUGGACUCUUUAUGUCAAUAAGGUUGCUGCAGUGUUUACGCUAUCGUUCAUGUUCGUGAUCAACUUACUCUUAACACUUGUACCUCAUCCACACAACGCGGGCCCAAUUGGUGGGUUCGCGGUAGGGUUCCUACUCGGUUUUAUAUUGCUCCCUCGGCCACAUAUUGGGUGGUUCACACGGCGGUUCCCAUCUAGCGUUAGUUCCAAGACUAAGUUUAAGCCCUAUCAGUACGCGUUAGGGAUCACAUCUCUUGCCUUGCUCAUCAUAGGGUACAUAAUCGGAUUGGUAAUGUUGUUUCGGGGCUAAGGCGGUACUUUAAGAUGGUGUUUAUGUUGGCAAAUUAUCUGUUUUCCAGCUUUAUGAAGGGAAUUGCUUAACUUGAAAUUAUGUUUUAGACAGCUAAACAUGUUUAACUACUUAAUACAUUGUUUAAGUGUUUAAAUUGAUUAGUAGUAGGUUUUUACCGAUUUAUAUUUGUAACGUUAUGAGAAGUUGCAUUCUUGCAUCGACAAACUUAAUUCCAUUUUGGGCCCUUAACAA